AAACGAAUUGAUCAAUAAACAGAAAACUGAUCGGUGUCUUUCUCGGAGAACUGAUUCUAUAGAUCGUUAUAAAUUCCAAUUUAAAAAAGAAACCCUCCUUCCAGUUCUCAUCCACAAGGGAAUCUGUUGACUUCUGUAAGCAGAUCCCGUCAAUAAAAUUCAAGAUGGUGAUACGCACUCCUCUUAGUGUUCAUCUUCUCCGGCGACGGGGAAUCCAUUUUGGCUUGACGGUGGUCUUGGUAGCAUCUUUCUUUUCCGGUAUAGCCCAUGGAUUGACUGCAGACACAGUCAUAGAUUCUCCCCUUCUGACGGAGAAGAUCGGCACCAACCGUACCAUUAAGGUCGACAUCAACGGGAGAGGUGACUUCAAAUCCGUUCAAGCCGCCAUCGAUUCUGUUCCCGAGGGUAACUCUCAGUGGAUCAUCAUCCAUAUCAGGAAAGGAGUCUACAGAGAAAAGGUUCACAUACCGGAGACCAAACCAUAUGUAUUCUUGAGAGGAAACGGGAAGGGAAGGACGCAUAUCGUUUGGAGCCAAAGCUCUACCGAGAAUUGCGAGUCUGCCACCCUCAAGGUCGAAGCUCCCCACUUCAUUGCCUUUGGAAUCAGCAUCAAGAAUGACGCACCGGUGGGGGUGGCAUUCACAUCACAAAACCAAUCGGUGGCAGUGGUGGUGGGAGCAGACAUGGCAGCAUUCUACCACUGCGGCUUCUACAGUGCACACAACACACUCUUCGACUACAAAGGUCGGCAUUACUACGACAACUGCUACAUCCAAGGCUCCAUCGACUUCAUAUUCGGCCGUGCCACUUCCAUCUUCCGCAGCUGUGAGAUAUUCGUGGUGGCCGACACUCGAGUGAAGAUCCACGGCUCCGUCACCGCCCAUAACAGGGAGAAUGCCAAUGAGAAUAGCGGCUUCGUCUUCAUCGGCGGCAAAGUUUACGGCAUCGGUGGGGUUUACCUUGGAAGAGCCAAGGGUGCACAUUCUAGGGUUAUCUUUGCCAAGACCUACCUCUCCAUGACUAUCGUCCCUGAGGGCUGGACCAACUGGAGUUACCCUGGCGGCACAGAGAAUUUGUUGCAAGGCGAGUAUGACUGCCAUGGACCAGGUUCGAAUUCAUCACAACGUGUUUCUUGGGCCAAACAACUCACUGAAGAACAAGCUUCUCCUUUCAUCUCCAUUGAUUUCAUCACUGGCAAGGAAUGGUUGCCUGUUUACCACUAGAGACUUUCUCUCUCUCCUCUUGAGAACCACUAGAGACUUUCUCUCUCUCCUCUUGAGAAUGGAUCUGUUGCUGUUGCUCGUAAGAUCCCCGGGAUUGUUCAUGU